AUGUCCACCGGUACCGCGAACAUGAAGGCUGCGCCGGCUCCUCGGUUGCCGAUUUUCGGCGUCGAAAUCGAGCUAUAUGUUAAAGUCAAACCACAUAUCGAGGCUUCGAUCAGAGAAAAGAGAAGGACGAACCCCAAGUCCCUACCUGAGUGGUGGCAAAAGUGGGAUUUCGACCUUCUCAACGACCCGCCGACGGUUGAGGGGCAAAAGCAAGUCGUUUGGCAACGGCUAUUAGGAGUAUCGCCGGCCGUGCAGGCAGAUAUUGACGCUAUGCUAGGCCCGGGCAACGGAUGGAAUUGCGUAUCUGAUCCGAGUAUGGUAGAACGGAAGCUCGCACUACCCCCCAAUGCUCGAAAGUGGUGGGGGGUCGAGAUCGUCUCACCACCUAUGUCGGUAACCAAGCAAUGGCAACACGAAAUAGAGAUGAUUUAUACAGCAAUCUGCAAAAACUUCAAUAUCUGGACUACCCACUACUCUGGCUGCCACGUACAUAUAUCGCCCGGGCCAGUCCAAAUCAAGAAAAACGACUACACACUGCCCCAGCUCGUAAGCGUAGCAAAGGGGGCAUUUUUCUGGGAGGAGGCUCUACGCGAAUUCCUCCCGUCGGAUCGCCAUGACGGUGAAUAUGCCCGCCCAAACUAUAAGGUCUUUGCGACCCAGGAAUACGAGGCAGUUCGGAGUAAAGGUUGGGGACCAGUCUUUAAGAAGAUAGAGAUGUUGGCUGUCGGUGAAACCGCCAAAAGGGCCCAAAAGAACUUUAUCACCGAGAUACAAGGCGGCAAGAGAGAUGGCGACCGGUAUACCUCUUUUAACUUUACGCCAUUUCCGGAAAUCGGGACGGUUGAGUUCCGCCGCCAAGCGGGUGUUCUUUCACCUAUUACUACCACCCAUCGCAUUCUUUUAGCUCUCGGACUUCAUCUCAGUGCUCUGAGGUACGACUUCGAUGCGGCCAACGGCCGGAAGACGUACCCAAGCGCCGAAGAACUGCGCAAGGAGCUCGCUGGUUGCAUCAAGAACCUUCCCGAAACCUGCCACGGCACUCGAUUCCUCAACUACCUCAGCUGGUGCCACGAAUCCUACAAGGACGGCAAGCGUUUUACAGAGGCGCAAAUCAACGCGCGCGAGCAAGCCUUGCUCAGGGGACUCCCCCUGCCGGUACAACAGUCCGCUAUCCCGCCCCCACCCCCGCCCGAAGGAACCAUCAUCCCCGGCCAGGGCCGCCCUGCCUCGCAGGGUCAGCAAGCCCCGUCGGCAAGGGGACGCGCUCCCCCAGCAGGCGCAAACCCGGGCGUCUCCGCGGGUGCUGGCACUGGCACGGGCACGGGCACGGGCAGGAGCAGGAACACGGCCCCCCAAGGCGGCGGUGAACGCGUUCGCCCCCCGGCGGCAGCAGACACCGCCCCGCGCCCCACCACAGGCACGGGCGGUAGAAACGGCGGCACUCCACAAGGCACAGCCUCCGGUCGUGCCUCGGGCGGGCGCCCGACCGGAGGGGCGGCGAACGCUCCGUCGUCCGGUCCAGGUGGGGCUUCAGGGCCUAGGGGGCCGCCGCCGCGCCCCACGGGGGGCACGACGACGCGCCUCCCUGAACGGCCCGCACCGUCGUCGGCGUCUUCUGCGUCCCGGACUGGUGGCGGUGCGGCGGGUGGAAAUGGCAGAAGCAAUGGCGGGGCGGCUGCGUCCGCGUCCGCUUCUACUUCUACUCGUCGCACGGUUCCGGCUGGAAACAACAACGGAGGGGGUGCUGCUGCCGGCGGCGCCCCGCCGGUCCGUCGUCGGCGCCAGGAGGGGGAUGGGACUGCUUAA